GGAUAGGGUGAUAUAAACUCAGGUCCUCUUCUCUACCGAAUCUCUCUCUCUCUUGAAGAAAAGAAGCAGAAAUGGCCACUAUUUUUGCAUCUUCCUCCAUCUCUUGUUGCAAACCUUUUAACCCCCAUAAAAACCCUACAACUCUUUUGCCUGCUUCUAUUUCUACCACCACUUUCUCCUCUUAUUUGCCCGUUCGACUUGGAUUGACCCUUACCAUUCCCAAUUCUUACUGUAAUUCAUUCAUAUCCAACAAAAAUUCGUCCAAUUUCAACAAGAUAAGGUCUGUAGCUGGAGAAGAAUCUGUAAUAGAACAAGACACCGUUACCAACCAAGGAGACAUCGAGCCCACAGUUUCUGUUCCUGUUUCCCCUUCCGAUAUCCUCACCAUGUUCUUUCAGGCUGAGGGAACAAUGAGUGAAGGAGCUAUUCCUUCAGUGACAAGUGCUUUAGAGGAGACAGAGGGCAUCUCAAGCUUAAGAGUCCAAGUUCACGAGGGUAUUGCAAGCGUCGAGUUAAAGAAGCAAACGACGGUGCAAGCUACUGGAGUGGCUUCUAAUCUGGUUGAGAUCAUACAAAGUUCUGGAUUUAAGUUGCAGGCAUUGAAUUUAAGCUUUGAGGAUGAAGAUGCCAACUAAAUAUUCGAUUUAAAUUUGUUUUCUUGAAUAGUUGAGGUAUCCUGCUGAUGUUUCUUAUUUGCAUUUGGUGUUGUCUUCCAAAGUAAUCGAGUUAUCAUUUUGACCCACAAAAGAUGAAGUUUUUAGGGUUAGGGUUCAAGAUUGUUGUUAUUCUGCCAUCAUAUAUGCUACUGUCUAAUGAAUUGCAUAUGAUUUUUG